AUGUAUCAACAAGUCGCCACCUUCCAAGGCCUACCCUUCGACAUACAUUUCGAAAUGGCCAAGUAUCUCAACUACCAGGACUUUCUGAACCUUACGUCCACGAAUCGAUACUUUCACACAGUCCUCAAUCCGAAGAUUAUCCUGGGCUUGGAGCAGAUCGCAGACUUCGUCAUCGAGCGUGACGACUAUUUGCGUAAGAUAGGUCAUGAGCUUUUUGGAUGCACCAAUUGUUACAAAUUCCUACCUAAGAAGAAGUUUGGCAAGCAAGAUUACUUCUACAGCAUAACAUAUUCGUUUCGAUCUUGUUUGGACUGCACUGCGGCUUUGAAGCCGCGACGCCAUUUGGACUCAAUUAGCAGUGCAGACAGCAGCCUGAGAUAUUACUUCUGUCACAAUUGUGGAAAGUGUCGAACAAAGUCCGAGAGGUGCAGUGGAAAGCAAAUCGAGUGGGAUUCCAAGAAAGAAGAAGCAGCGGAAGCCUUGUCUCUGUGCGCACAACCCCGACGUCAGCAACAAAGCAUUGAAAAACUUCCAGCGAAAAUCCUGAAGAAGAUAUCUUCGUUUCUCGGCUUCUUAGAUGUGCUUCACCUCGCACAAGUAAGUCGAGAGUUAAACGACGUCGUCAAGCCGAACCAAUAUGUGCCACUGCACACUCGUUAUCGAUUUGUCCACGACAAGUGGACAAAGGAUGUUCAAAACGUUGCGUGGUCGUACAUGAAGAUGAUUCCCUGCUACAUGUGUUGUCAGAUCCUACCCAAGGAUAAAUUCACACCCAAACAGAUCAAAUUGUGCAGUGAGUACCCGGAGACGGCCUGGAAGAUGCGCUGCCAAGUUUGUGUGUGGCUCAUGGGCCGCAGCGCUAUCAGCGCCAAGCGUAUAGAACACAGACGCCGUGAGAUGUGCGAGACCUGUGGGUGUAUUAAGUAUGCCAGAACGACAUGUGGUGGUUGUAUGGAACUUUACGUUGGAGGAUCUAUCGACCGGAAGACUCUGUACCCGAACGACGUUAAACUGGAAGACAGCCUAUCCUUGAUAGGCAUCAUGUUCGACAGCAAGGACGAAAUGGGGGAUGAAAAGAUGAACUGA